AGUUUUCAGUACUUGCCGGGCAGUUGUAGAAAUCGGUGAUCAUUGAUGAUCAAAUAAAUAUCACAUCCAUACAAAAGUACAAGUAUAAGAUUAUACCUCUUAAUACUCGUAGUAUAAGAUUUGUUUAAGAAACUUUUGAGCUUGUCGUUUUAAUUUGAUGAUUAUUUUGUGUUAUCAACUUUGAAUUUUGAAAUAAAACAAAUUGCAUUGUAAUUUUAUUAAAUUUUAUUAAAGUGACAAGAACUCUAACAACAAUGUUGUUAAGUGCAGUGUUCGUGAUAAGUUUAUGCUUAGGAACUGGAGUUCAGGGUUUGUUUGAGUUCGAUAAAGAACCCAUUUUUCCAACACAAGCAGAGCUUCGAACUCUAAGAGGGAUUUCAAAAGCUGACUAUGAACUGGCCGUAACGAUGGGUGUUGACUCCAUCGAUCGCAUUCAAACCUUCGAAGACAAUCUAUCAAGUCGAGGAAUUAAUGUAAAGAAUGGAAGCAUAUCUCACAAACAACUUAUAGAAACUCUUCCCGAUAAAAAAGCUCAAGAAACAAAUAGUCUUGCUAGAAAAAUCCUUAAAUCCAGUCUUUAUAUUUACAAUUCCCAAUGCAUUCAGAAGGAUGUUAGCCCAGAAUCAUGUGCAGCUUUUAUUGCAUCAAUACCAAUUCCCGAUAAAACAAAAGGUCUCUCGGAGGAGUGCUUGGAAUUGAUAUCAAGUCGUAAGGAUGGUAAUAACGUCUUCCGAAGAUUGCUUGAAAGUAACUACAAAGAUGGAUUCUAUCAAAUGGACGAUAAACUCCCAUCGCCAAGAGAAAUCAGUAACUCAGCCCUACAUGGAACCAUUGCCAGCAGUAAUGAUGGCAAUAACCACGAAGAUAGCCACAGUAAGAAUUUAGCUCUGGUCCAAUGGACCCAAUUUAUAGAACAUGAUCUCAGUAAGCCAGUAGCAUCUUCAUCCCAAGAUGGACGCCAAAUUGAAUGCUGUGAUGAAGAUAAUUAUGCUAAUGCACCCAGAAACCGGCAUCCGGAUUGUGCUCCUCUGAUUGGAGUUAAUCUCUUUAGCAAAUAUGGCAGAGAGACUUGUUUGAAUUAUGUUCGUAGUGCGUUAUCAAUUGAAAGAUGUAACUUUGGACCUGCAGAACAGUUGAAUCAAGCAACUGGAUAUUUGGAUCUGUCCCAAUUGUACGGCUUCACAAGGAAAUCCCAGCGCAGCAUGAGAACUUUUAGCCAUGGCAAACUUAAGUCAUCCAACGAGGGCCUUCUGCCAUUAGCCGAGGGGGAGAGACGCAACCUAUAUUGUGCACUAAAAUCUGAUGCGAACGAGACUUGUUUUAUGGCAGGUGACACUCGUGUAAACAGCAAUCCUUACUCGAUUAUCUUGUAUACCAUAUUUUUGCGCUCUCAUAAUCAAUUCGCUGAGGAAAUACGAACACGCCAUCCAGACUGGACCGACGAAUCUAUCUUUAGAGCUGCCAAGAAGCUUAAUGUGCAACUUUAUAGGGAAAUUGUCUUCGAAGAAUGGCUGCCAGUUGCAUUGGGUGAAAAAAUCAGUGCGAGUAUAAAUUCCGAACCGAUUUCGAAGAGAAGCAUCAAUCCCGGACAAUUGGAAGUGUCUAAUGAGUUUGCGGUGGCUGCCAUUAGGUUUUACUUCUCGAUGAUGCCAAAUGUACUUCAGAGAAUGCCAACGCCAUUGAAUAAUGAGAUCGCUUCUGAGGACGCCAUGAGUAAAUUGUCACCGACGGCAUUGUUCAACCUUAUGGAAGCUUCAUUUAGAUCAGAGGUCUUGGAUAAGUCAACCAAAGUUAAUGAAUUUUUAGCUUCUAUGCUGAACCAGAGGGCUUUGCAAAUGGAUGCAACCUACGCCGGUGAUCUAAUUGAAGAAUUCACCAAAGCUCGUGUACCAAGCCGUCCAAAUGUGUUAGCAUUCGAUAUUCAACGUGGUCGUGAUCAUGGUCUGCAGGGAUAUGUGAAAUAUUUGGAACAAUGCGAAGGCCGGUCAAUUGCCACCUGGGAUGACUUAAAUAAUUACAUAGCUCAAUCAGAAAUAACGAAAUUAAAAUCCGUCUACAAACAUGUGUCCGAUGUCGAUCUAAUUGUCGGUGGAAUUUCUGAGAUACCUGCUAAUGGCUCAACUGUUGGACCGACAUUCACCUGUAUUUUGGGUGAACAAUUCUCGAAAAUCCGCCAAUGGCAUCAUAACCUAGUUGAAGAUCCUGUGUCAUUUGAUAGUAAAAUGAAAAAAGUCACUGCCGCUAAGUUAAUGUGUGGUAAUUCAGAAUUAAAGGAAGUUCCUAAAAAUAUAUUCUACAUCGCUUCAAAUACAAACCCCCUGGUGCCAUGUUACGAGUUGUUGAGGUCAUCUUAAUUAAUCACAUAAAUAAACAAAGAGCUGAUAAUGAACAAUCCCAAUGUAUAUGGUCUGAUUUAUUAUUGUUUUCGUCGUCAACAAUAAAAAGUACAUAAAUAAGUAAA